UGGGGUCAUAUUAACUGAAAUGCCUGCGAGAAAGCGGGAGGACGGUUCGAGUACCAGCUGCCCAUUACAGGUCCUUUACUCCUGAACUUUUGGACUAGUAAACUUGUUUUUGUUUUUUCUGCAAUCAUGAAUCCGCCCUGUGGGAGAUGCAAUAAACCAGUUUACCCAACAGAAAAAAUAAACUGCCUUGAUAAGUAUUGGCACAAAGGUUGUUUCAGCUGUGAGGUCUGCAAGAUGGCCUUGAGCAUGACGAACUACAAAGGCUUUGAGAAGAAACCUUACUGCACUAUGCAUUACCCCAAAACCUCCUUCACCAUAGUGACCGACACCCCCGAGAAUCUGCGUCUCAAACAACAGAGCAUGCUUAAUAGUCAGGCGCUCUAUAAGGAGGAGUUUGAAAAGAACAAGGGGAAAGGUUUCAGCGCCGUGGCUGACACUCCAGAGAUGCAGAGAGUGAAGAAGACACAGGACCAGAUCAGUAACGCCCUUUACAAGGAGGAGUUUGAGAAGAACAAGGGGAAAGGUUUCAGUGUGGUGGUCGAUACUCCAGAGAUGCAGAGAGUGAAGAAGACACAGGAUCAGAUCAGUAACAUAAAGUACCAUGAAGAAUUUGAGAAGAGCAAGAUUCGAAGUGACGCGCCUCCUCCGGAAAAUAGGCAAGACUACGAGGACCAGCCAUCCAACCCAGUCAGUGACUUUGGUCAGUCUGCUGGACAAAUGCGUACUGCUGCUGUAGCACCACACAGUGGAGGGAAGCGCUACCAGGCCAUGUACAGCUACAUGGCAGCUGAAGCGGAUGAGCUUUCUCUGCAGGAAGGUGAUCUGAUCUUAGAUGUGGAGCCGAUAGAUGAGGGAUGGGUGUUCGGCUUUAACCAGCGCACUGGGCAGCGGGGCAUGCUUCCUGCUAACUAUGUACGACCUUUGUGAAACAAACAGUUCUGCCCAGCAGAUAUUAAGAGAUCCACCUCCUGCCCUGUGGAUCUGCUGCCCGCACCUGCAAUCAGGCUUUAAAAUCACCUUUUUUGCAAAUGAAAUAUUGCAUUUGAAAAGCAUCCCUGCCUGGUUCUGCUUUGCAUUUUUUCCAUAAAUGUAAUUUUCAAAUCGUA